ACUGACCGUGUUACUCGCCCCGCAUCACACUCAGCUGUAGCUUCUGCAAGUCCGAGUUCAGUUACAACCCUAAACACUUCGAAGUCUGUUUUCAAACCCCGAAAGCCUGUCUACUUGGCCAAAUUCAUUGUUCGCACACUGAAGGAAGCAGGUCAACAGGUGGCUUUUGCACGUACGCUAGAUUCCCUCGGUAUUGAUGUAUGUUGUCUGUCAGAAACAAGGACGCAGGACGCAAAUACUGUGAUCGAACUGAUUGCCCCCUGGCUCUGCUCCAGGUUCCGGCUGCGCACCUCUGGUGAUGCAGAAGCCACUGCAGGUGGAUAUGGUGGGCACAGGAUCGUACAAAGGUGGCUGGAUAUGCUGUGCGAAGUUCAAUAUCCGGCUACAUCAAGACGCGUUAUGUCUGUGUUUCGACUGCCUUCCCCGUCUCGUGCGUCCACCAGGAGCGGACUGUCCACGCAAGGAUUGAUGAUAGAACUGGACCUCCCCCGUAUAAAGAAUAAAAAUUUAGAGCUGGAGGCAGAUNGUCCCCAGCCAAACACA